UGCGCCACUGCGCGCGAGACAGAAACUGGCAAACACCGCGAUUUUUUUUCUGUUUGGAUCAAAAUUUCAAUGGAGAAAAUGGAUCUUCCUCGGAUUUUACGUGGUGUACCCUUUCUCUGUAAACAGCAGAAGGGGGAUCGACUUGGAUAAAGAGGUUCGAGACUUUUGUUUUUCAAGGAAGUCGAAGGAAUUUCGGACCGUGAGCUUUGGAUCUCUUCACCAACGGAGCAAGCCUGAUUUGUGACUUGGAGUUCGGGCAGUAGAACUGAACUGUUCUUGUCUUUCCUUGGACAGGCUGGGAAGCAUGGGGUGCCGCGUCAGCCGGACGGGCGCCACCGUCAUCGUUGUUCAGCCGCCCGACGACCCCGUCAAGGUUCGGCUGCGACUUCGCGGGGAUAUGGUGCCCCAAAUCGGCGACAUCAUCCUCGCCAAGCUGUGUGAGAUCACGGAUGAGUUCGCAAACAGGUUUGAGAUCGAAUCGACAGAAAAAGUGGACGUAUACAUUGUCAAAUUCCUGCCGAUGGAGGGCGAUGAAGCGGGAACAGUCAACAGGUUGUGCCGCAAAAUCAUCAAUCAGGCAGUGGGCAAGGGGAUCCCCCUCAGGGAUAACUGCAAGAUCAUUGGUGCAAAGGAGUACCAGGAGGCGGGCGACCUCUAGAGGCCGAUUUCGUCCACUCAAUGGAAAAUAGCUGAUGUUAGUCAGCAGAUGCGCUUGAGUUAUUGGUGUUAGCAAUAACACGGAAUUAUCUUUUGUUUGAUGUUUAUGGAAUUCAUUUCAUCUUCCAACGUUUUGUGUACAACCACAACCACGGGUAAUUAGUUAUACCUUGGGUGUAACAUUGAUAUUCUUGUUUUGCACAUAACCUGAAAAGCAAUGCCAUGAAAAUAGAGGGAAAUUUAGCGUUAUUGCAAACCAGGGACCAUUUUGAAUGAGCUGCAAUUGAAGCACACAGAAAGUCGCAAAGCAUGGGAAAUUUCUGCUAAGCAAACGUAGGCUACCAGUCAAAUAUAUUGUUUUUGUGUACUGUUAGUGUGACUGGUUUCCAGCCGUCUUUUGCUUAGUUCCUGAAUUUGGUGAGCAAUAUCUUUUGUUGAAGUACCUCAAUGAAAAUGAGCCGUCAUUCAGCUCGUUGUCAGCUGCGCCUAAAUAGGGACUACAUAAUCUUGAUGCCCGAAACCCAACUGCACACUGCGUUGAUGCAUGGUUUCAUAAUGGUUGCUUUGUAAACCAACAAAAGAUCGGCCUAUACCCACAAUUGUGGCUGUGCACAUUUUUCGUAUUUUUUUUUGUACGCCAGUCUGUCUUGGAAGGUGAGAGUUUGUCAUUGCAUUGGUAUUUUUCAUCCAAAAAUGUGGCGUCAACUGUUGACCGAAAUGCUCUUUGAGUUAACGCAAAUUUCCUUGAUUGAGGUCUUAGACCGACCUGCAAUUGCCAAUGUUGUAAAACGGGACAGGGUAAAUGACCUUAUUUUAAUUGAUUCCAGAAUAUUUCUGGAUUUUAUUGAAAAGUGAAUGUACAAUGAACAAUAAUUUCUGCAAGUUAUUUGUUCUUAAACCCGAUUGGGCCCUUUUGGGUGAAUCUUUCCUCUUAAAAAAUGAGUCUGAAGUAACAGUUGGAAGAGUAACCUCUUGCUGGGGCUCACGGAAAGGCCAAAUAUACGUUUUUUGCUUUCGCUUUGUUUUGUUCAGUUCAAAGUUUGUUUUCCGUUUACAUUAAGAACUUAAGAGCAUCGGGGAUUCGGAAAAGACAUACAUCGCGUGAUAUUUUAGGAGACAUUAUACUUUCGAAUCUAGAUAGAGCAGUCUUAUUUCAACACCUUUGCUAUUUUUCUUUCUCAAAUGGAUUUAAAAGGCUAAGCAGUUCGUUUUGUACAUGUACUUUAAGUAAAUAAAAAGUUCUCUGGACGUGAA